AUGGUGGCUGUGUCUUUACUCGUGGGUGUUGGCAAAUGGGUUGCCACAUUUGCGGUGAAAGCAGCCUGGAAAUCUCUUUCACAGCAUGAUGCUGCACAUACCACUGAGCUGCUACAGAGUAUUAGUGCCGGGCAACACGAAGUAGCCCGGCAGAUUGAAAAUUUAUCUAUCAAGGUCGAGAUUUUAGAGUCUAUGAGACGCAUUCUAUAUUGGUCAAAGCGUAUGGACGAGGUUAUGGAUGAUUUCAAGAAACUCAACGGCGGACAAAUCAAUGCGACUGAUUUGGCCUAUGCUGAACUUGUCUCUGCACUUCGGGACGAAAACCUUGCCGAGACUGACGCAGAACGUCUACAUAAAGAAUGCCAGGACCAAGUAACGACGAUUUCCAACACGCUAUUGAAGCUCUACCCGCCUGGCCUUCGCUUCCUCAAGCCGGGCCUUGAAGAUUCCGGUAAUCAGGAUGGCAGUCAGUGGUUGAAGUGGCAACAAGCGGAUAAUAGCAAUCACCAUCUCGUCAUGCACAACUUUUGGAUUCCAGUCCUUAGCAGCGACAGAAAGCCGAUACAAACUAAAAAGCCAGAGGCCUGGGUAUUCGCCCUCCAGCAAAAUGAACAGCCCCUUGGUGCAAUGCAGUUUCUAUCUGCUUGGGAGAAUAGAGGCAAUAAGCGUCUGCGGUACAGCAAGAUGUACCAACAAGGAUGGAAUAUUAACUUUUCUACCAGCAAAAAAAGUGACACGAGUGCAAUUUUAUUCAAGCUCAUACCACUUGAAGGUGAAAGGCCUGAAUUCCGUUUUGUCCCAUAUCUAGAGGGUUCAAUGGGAAUUGUGAGCGACAAGACUCGCACCUUUGAAAAGAAGUUUGUACCUGUUGUUUCCAAGUAA